AUGGAGAUAAAGUCAUUCCAAGCUUAUGUUCAAGAUUGUCAGUUUAAGAUAAAAAAAGUAAUAAAAGAGAGUUCAGAGUUCUUGUAUAAAAAUAAUGGAGACUCUUUAUCUUUAAUACCUUUCUUCAAUUGUGAUUUAUUCUAUGGAAAUUCAUCGGCUCUAAAUUUCAAUAUUAAAUCUAUUGGAGAGAAUCUAUUAAAUGAAAUAAAGAUUUUUGACAGGCUACCUGUUACAUUUAGAAAAGUAGAGUUUAGUACUAUUUUCGUCGACUUUGGAGAACUAAUAUCACUGAAGAGUGAAUAUUAUGAUCUUGCAUCUAUAAUAUUAGGUGAAGACAGGUUUAAAGAAAUGAAGAUCCUACUUGAUUGUUUAAAGUCUUUUUCGGAAUAUGAUUUCGAGAAUGAUAAUACCGAAAUCAAUUUAGAUCCUAUCUCAUCUUUCCUUAACUACUCCUCAGAUUUAUAUAAAGAUAUGAAAUCUGGAAGUAAAAAGAUAAGAAAUUCAUCUUUUCAAUUCAUAAACCAAAAUAUCAUUUUGCGCUUUGUCAAUUCAAUUAAUCAAAGUGUUAACCCACCACUAAUGGAAAAGUUUUCAAAACCCUCAACCUUUUCAAUUUAUGAAAUUCCAGGAUAUUCAAGAGAUUCUAAAUCUAUUUCUUCUUUGUUUAUUCAUAAAUUUUUAGAUAAAGUACUAGACAAAUUUUUGAAAGAAUUUGGAAUUGAUUCAAAGACAUCUGAUUACCAAUCUUAUCCUUCUGCAGUAAGCUCAACAAAAAUACUAAAUGACAAGAUAUCUCAACUCGAAAUCAAUAACUCAAUGGAAUUCAACAUUGCUCAAUGUUCAAUUUAUGAGGUAAAAUAUUCGAUUCCAGAGAAUAGUUCACCAAAUUCUGAUUUCCUAAAGAACAUAAAAAAUUCUUUAAUUGUUAAACCAACAAACUCUUUAAUUAGUCAUUAUCGAACUGAAUUUGAUAAACAAUUAUUUGAAUAUCAAACAAGUUAUUAUUUGUUCAAUCUAAAUGUAAGAAUUGAAAGAUUUAUUUAUAAAAGCAAAAAACUAAUAAGAAUAUUAUUAAAGGAUCCAAAUUCUCGUUUACCAGAUAUCGAAUCAUUUUGUUUAGAUAGAUUGAUUGAAUUAUUUAUCCAACCAUACACCCAAUUUGAGUAUGAAAAGUUCCUAAAUAAGUAUUAUUCAUUGGUUGAUGGUGAUCGUGGUGAUAUCAGGAAGAGUUGUCAAACUAUUCUCGAGGUGGCAGAAAUUCCUAAAUCUAGCUAUGUUUUGGGAGAAUACUACAUCGUAUUGGAUUCAACAGCUAAAUCCACUCUACAGCAAAAGAUUGGUAAAAGUGAAGGCCCCAUGAUAAAUCCAAUCGUAGGUUCACCAGCAAAGCUUUCCAACUCAAACUUCAGUGGAAGAGCAAGCAUGAGCAUACCCAGUAGUCCAAACAUCAACCUCUUGAAAUCACUCACUAAAGAACGAGAUAGCAUGUCAUCACCCUCAAAGGAUAAAGGAUUACAUACUACAACAAAUAGUAAUAUUAGCAACAGUAUUACUAAAAGUCAGAAUUACAUACCUCCAAAUAUAUCAAAGGAAACAACUCCAACUCCAGCUCCAACUCCAGCUCCAGCUCCAACAACUCCAUCUCCAUUUCCAGCUCCAAUUACAACUGAAACCACAACUCCAAUCAAAGUCGAACCAAUUAUAAUCAAUACUCCUUCAAAGCCAAUCUUUGAAAAAGCUGAACGUAAGGAGAUUAGAUAUGAUACUAAGAAAUCAUCAAAUAUAAGUUCUGUUGGAGAAACCCACAUAGCGAGAUAUAAUACUGGUAGAAAUCCACCUUCUUCAUCUAAUAUAUUCUCUGGCUACUAUGAGCAUCAGGAAACUUUGAUUACUCUAUCCAAUCAAUUCAAGCAACUAACCGAUAUCACAGAAUAUCUUUUAACAUUCUUUGAUAUCACUCAGAAUAAUCCAAAUGUAUCAUUGAAUGCAUUAAUCACUUUGUAUUUUGCAGAGAUAUCAGAGUUUAAUGAAUGUAUUAACUGGGUUAAGAGAGCAAGUGGUUUAAGAGUUAUAUUUGGAUACUUACACCAAGUCAAUAAGAAAUGGAAUUCAAAGCAUUUGACUCCAACUAUCAAUCUCUUAGCUUUUGUUAGUAACAUUACAAAGAAUAAUGAAGUUCUUACAUUGUUAAGGUCAGAUGACAUCACUAAAUGGCAAUCGGCCCAUACCAUCAAUGAUCUAUUUAUCACUCUAAAUGAAUUGGUUGAUAAAUUAUAUAAAGUUGAAAUUGUAACACUUUUAAUAACGGAUAUUGUUGAGAAUUUGGCAUGUUGUAACGAUCCUGAAUUCAAUAGGAAACUAUUGAGUUGUGGAGUUGUUAGUACACUUAUUAGAGUUGGUUUGGGAUCUGGUUCGGUUGCUGUAGUUGUCAAGUUCCUCAAUAUGAUCGCGAAUGUGCACAGAAACAAUGGUGUCUUCUUUGAGAAAUUUGAAAAACAACUCAGUGCAGUUGCUUACAUCGUGAUGAAGUUCCUGGUUCAUUAUGAUGAGCAAUCUGCUGAAUUCAUUGAAAUGGCAACUCCAUAUAGCGCUGUACUAAAAUCCUCCAGUGUAGUUCAAGAUGAUUGUAAUAGGGCUAUGAUUAAAAGUAAUAUUACUUGGACAAACCCUAAAAACAAACAACAACAGCAAAUGUAA